ACCUCUGUGCGUGUGCGCGUCUCUCUCUCUUCUCCGAUCGACUCGCGCUCGGCAUCGAGGUCGUUUUGCUGCUUUGCUCUCUCGCUGCAAGUUCCACCCCUCGAGUCUCUCUCGCCAUCUCUUUCACGCCACUUCGCUUGCGGCGAUCUGUGCUCUCUCACCGGGUUUGUUGGAAUCGAGAAUGUCUAAAGCAACGGUAGAUCUUCCUCCCAAGGGUGGAUUUAGCUUUGAUCUUUGCAGAAGAAAUGACAUGCUUGCAAAGAUGGGGGCUAAGCCACCUUCGUAUCGGAAGACAGGAACCACCAUUGUUGGUUUAAUAUUCCAGGAUGGUGUGAUUCUUGGAGCAGAUACAAGAGCAACUGAAGGACCCAUUGUUUGUGAUAAGAAUUGCGAGAAAAUUCAUUACAUGGCUCCAAAUAUUUAUUGCUGUGGGGCGGGGACAGCUGCCGACACAGAGGCUGUAACGGAUAUGGUAAGUUCACAGCUGCAGUUACACCGGUACCAUACAGGUCGAGAAUCAAGGGUCGUCACAGCUCUGACACUUCUUAAGAGGCAUCUUUUCAGCUACCAGGGGCAUGUCCAAGCUGCUUUGGUCCUUGGUGGGGUUGAUGUCACUGGACCUCAUCUUCAUACAAUAUAUCCCCAUGGAUCAACUGAUACAUUGCCAUUUGCUACCAUGGGUUCUGGUUCUCUUGCUGCAAUGUCGGUUUUUGAGUCAAAGUACAGAGAAGGCCUGACAAGAGAUGAAGGAAUUCAACUGGUAGCUGAAGCUAUAUGUUCUGGUAUAUUCAAUGACUUGGGAAGUGGAAGCAAUGUGGAUAUUUGUGUGAUAACAAAGGGGCAGAAAGAGUACCUCAGGAACUACUUGUCGCCAAAUCCUCGGACAUAUAUUAGUGAAAAGGGAUAUCCUUUUCCUAAAAAGAUUGAAGUUCUCCUGGCGAAGAUCACUCCACUGAAGGAGAAGGUGGUAAUAAUAGAAGCGGGAGAUGCUAUGGAAGAGUAAAGUCGUCUAAAGGGGAAGGCAAAGUUAUCUGGCUUAGUUUCUGCAACAAACAUUAUGGAUUAUCUUUGAGGUUGGUGGAGCCUUGAGACUUUUGGGAUGAGAAACAAGAUGAAUUUGUGUCAAAUUGCUACUUUGGCCGUGCUCAAUAUGUAUUCGUGGAUGUUUGAUGAUAAAGUAACUGGAAACCUACGUGGCUCCGAUUGCUUUGC